AUGGUCCUAGCUGAGAAAAUGAUGUUCCUCUUCAGGUUAAUAUCGGUUGCGUUGUGUUUGGCCACUGAAGUCUCCACACAACAAAGCACAGGCUCAGAUUUCAUUGCCGCCAGCUGCCAGAGGUCCCUGAUGCAGCUCAACUUGCCUGCACAAUAUGUUGUCAAGCAAUAUGUAAGAUUUUCAGCAAUUGACGAGAAUGGAGCAGCCUAUGUGAUCACUGAUGCUCUGGCUACCAAGUGUGGGUAUACCAUAGCCUACGAUGGCUGGGGCAACAUUGUCUUCAGGACCUCUCUCUACAGCUGUUAUACUCAGAUUGAGAAUGACACUAACUAUACGGCAUCAGUGAAGAUUGAGAUCUCAUCCAGGCCUGACAUGGGAGGUGCAAUGAGCUACUUCAAGGUGGUCAGCUGUCCAUAUGUAUGGAGCCCACGUGAAGCCAUUUGUGAAACAAACUACAUGGAGGUGUCAGUCAGAAGGAAGAUUCCAGUGAUCUCUGAAGGAGUUUUCAGAGAUGAGCCAGAGGACUGGUCAACUGCAUUCACACAGGCAGUGAGCGGCUUAAUGUCUGUAUGGCAAGUGGUGUUUCAUUUGUCUACAACCCAAAAAACAACCAUGAUGACUGAUGCUGCCCAGAACAUUGGCUAUGGGAUUAAAACAACGGAAUCCAGGAUCAUGUUGAGGGCUCCCUAUGAUGCUGCUCAAGCUCUGCCUCAAAAGAUUGGAAACGUGACCUUCUCUACUGUAAGAGCCACCCUAUUCUACAAACAGCGCUGGUUCAUCUUCUUGGUUGACAAUGCUGUCGCCUGCCCAGUAGAUGAUGUGAAGUUUAUGGGUGGCUGGAUCGUGUGGACUGUCCCAAAGAACGUUUCUUCACUUCUCACCGGUGCAAAAUAUAUCCAGAGCAGUCGUAUCCAGUUUGGCAUUGACCUUCUGACUCUGACAGAUGUGGAAAUCAUUUCUAGGAACUAUCAGAUUACAGACAGCAACACGGUCACUAUAACAAGAAUACCUUAUGGAGCUGUAGGGGGAUAUUAUAAGAGCCAUGUUAUGAACUUCAAUUAUGGGAUAACCUACAGUAUCCGCCCAUUUCUUGAAAAUGUGUGGGUAGAUGAUGGUUGGGGCGUCACGAAAUACACAAUCAUUAAGGAUAUCACAACACCCUUUGAACAGAGAACUCCUGUUAUAACCAAUGAAACGAUACCAUCAACGCAAAUAUUUAACUGCACGGUUGGACCAUUUCUCCCAGACGUCCGCUUGGUAAAUGUGUCAGUUGGUGGCACCAUGUUGACUGUGUCUGAAGGUGUUAAACGUGGAUACACUAUUGAGAAUAGAACCACUCCAGAUGGAACUGUGACCUUCAUUCUUAAAGUUCCCUUUAGUGACCAACUCGUAUCUAAGGAGGUUGUCCCAAAUGGCAUUCGGUUUGUUUUGAAUGUGACAUUUGUCUUCAAAAUCAUCCCAUACGAUGAGAUCUUCAAUACUACUGGGAUCAUUGAACAUUUCCAAACCCAGCCUUUUGUUGGUCCUUGUGGGCAACAAGGUGGUGUUUUGACUGCUACACUGGGAAACCUUGAUCCAAGCUGGCGUAUAUAUGUCAAAAAUACCCAGGCAACAUCGGGUAAUCUGCUAUUGCCCAUCAACCAGACAUUUUCCACAGUCCAAGUACCUGCAGUCUCAAAUUAUGUAAUGAAUGAGGGCUGUCCCGGCAAAUUUAGGACUGUCUUAACUGAUGGCAGUUUAUACAUAACGUAUGUUGUGAACUUGGAACUUUUUAUAAUUGUACAUUUCCCCCCCCCCCCCCCCCCCAUUCCUGCAGGAACAGCAUUUGGGGUAACCAUUCUCUAUCAUGUUCUUUCUCAGGUGACAAACCAAGGCCUUGCAAUAACCAUUCCUAUAAGUAUAACGGAUCAAAAUGGAAAUACCCUGUAUAAAAUGACCAUUUUUUGUGACCCUCCCUCAAAUAUAGCCGUUUGUCUUCCGAAUGGAACAGUAAAUGUAGUGGUAACGAAAAUAAGUAACAUCCCGGACAUGGUCAUGUCUAAACUCACGUUGAGAGACACCAACUGUUUCCCACGUGCUUCUGAUGACAGUACCGCCCAAUUUACGUUCGCUGUAAACAGUUGCAAAACUACACGAAGGUUUACCAGUAACCUGAUGAUAUACGAGAAUCAGAUAUUCUAUGUCAGUACCGUAACUGGGAAGGACAUAUUCAUUAUGAAUGUCACUUGUACGUACGCCACAAACGGCACCUUGGUUGCGAUCUACAGCCCCACAGAAAACCCUCCACCAAAUGCACAGACUGGACUUGCUCCUCUAGACCUGGUUAUGAGACUUAGUAAAGAUGAUGGAUACAGAGUCUUCUAUGAAGAUCCUGAGUACCCAGUUGUGAAGUACUUAAGGGAUCCCUUGUAUUUUGAAGUUGAGCUCAUGUACAGUUCAGACCCACAGCUAGAACUCUUCUUGGACCAUUGCUGGGCUACUACUACUCCUGACAUGGGAAGUCUACCUGCAUGGCCUAUAAUCGACAGCAGUUGUGAAUAUAAAGAACCCUACCAGACAAUCUUCCAUCCAGUGACAAGUGAUGCCAGGGUACGGUUUCCAUCACAUCUAAAAAGAUUUGAAGUGAAAACUUUUACCUUUACACAGGGGGAUGUAAUCUACACAGGACAGAUUUACUUUCACUGCGAUGCCAUUAUCUGUGACCCUUCCAACUUGGCCUCCGAUCCAGCCUGCAUGCAGAUGGGACCCUGCAUACCUGCCCGGCAGAGGAUUGGGCGGAGUGUGGAUGCAGGUGGUGACGAGCACAGACUGAUUUCUUCUGGAGCAGUUUUCCUGCUGGCAUCAAAAAUGAGGGCGAACGCAGAGCAAUUUGAAAAUCCUCCACAGUGAAGUUGUACAUUUUUAAGAAGGCAGUUUUUGUUAAUAAAAGAGGAUAAA